AUGUUCUCCAGCCCGGAACUCGAGGAGAGCCAGAGGCGGAGACUGAUUCGCCCAGGACUCCUCGAGAUGGGGGGUACCCUCUACCAGGACGACCCAAAGGCCGAUGAUGCGAGGCGUGUGGGGCAGGUGUCCUACUACCAGCCCAAGGACUCGCCGGCUGCAGCGGGCGCGUUUGGGCCGCCACCGGGCGGGCCACCCCUACCCCGAUUUAUGUUUUCUGCGAGGGAACGCCAGGAACAGAAGGCGCAGAUGACGGCACAGAUGCGGCCGAGGCAGCAGCGGCACGUGGAACAGGAAUCAGAGAAAGUGCCAAUGCAGCACCAGCAAGAACAGCAAGAGCUGCAAGAGCUGCAAGAGCUGCAAGAGUUGCUGCAAUUGCAACAGCAGCAGCUUCAGCAACAACAGCAGCUUCAUCAACAACAAGAGCAGCAACAGCAGCUUCAUCAGCAACAAGGGCAGCAACAGCAGCUGCAACGACAGCAGCAGCAGCAGCACCACGAACAGCAGGAGGAGCACUUGCGAUUACAAGAAUCGCAAUUGCACCAGCAAUACUAUGGUCAGGAGCAGGAGCAAGCACACAAGUUGCGAGCACAGCUACAGCUCUGCCAGAUGCAGCUUGCGUGUUUGCAGCUGCAAGUAAUGCAGCUGGCAUGUGAGAACUGCAGCCAAAGCGGGCAGCAGAAGCAGAGCUUCUACGAGGAACGGCGCCAGCGCAGCGAGCAGUUCUGGCAGAAGCUGCCCCGCUCUCUGGACCUCACGGCAGAGCAGAUUGUGCCAACCAUCAACCCCUGGACGCGGGAUAAAGGUCGCCUCGUGCAGGCGCUGAGCCGCUGUGGCGCAGUCUUCAUCACCGACGAUGGCCAGGGCUGGCUGCCCAGACAAAGCUUUCACCGCUGGCACCAGCUCUGGCUGGAAGCUCUGCUCCAUGGAGCCUCCUUCAAGAGGCGCCGGGUGGUGGGCUCCUUCCUGCGCUUCUCCCAGGGGGAGGACCUACUGCGCACCAUCAGCGGUGCCCAGAAGGCGCACACCCCCGACGUGCGAUACAACUUCGGCCUGGGUUUGGAGGCGCUGCGCCAGCCGACCUCCACCUGGGGCGACCUGAACUGGAUUUGCGACGAGCUCCGUGGCUCUUUCACGGUGCUCUGCGAGUUGCUGCAGCAGGAGCUCGGCGCGCUGGCGCCGCUGCAGCAAGAGCCCGCAGGCUCCCUAGGCGCCCUCCUGGCGCGUGGUGCAGAGUACUUUGCAGGGAGCCGGGCGCGGCACAGCGUUUACCCGGCGAAGGGCUCCUGCACAGAGCACACGGACUACGGGGUGGUGACUUUCCAGCAAAGCACUGCUGCCGGCUUGCAGGGCAUGCUCAACGGCACCUGGGUACCUUUGGAGCCCCCGCCGGACAUGGCGGUGCUCUUUGCCGGGGACAUGUUGGAGCGGCUCACCAACGGCCAGGUGCGCUCUCUGCUCCACCGCGUAUGCGUGGCGCGGGACGCGGCUCCGGCUCCGGCGCCGGCGCCCUCGCGGGCGUGGGCGGUGCGGCAGUCUCACAUCCUCUUCUUGCAGCCGGACCGCAACACCACGGUGCGGCCUCUGCGGCCCUUCUGCACUGGGAAUGUGGACUAUGCGCCAGUGAGGUACGGGGACUGGCACAAGAGCAAGACCCGUCUCGCCUUUGCGCGGCCGCCAGGCUUGAAAGAACAAGAAGAGCAACGAACCCUGAACUCGAGCAGCACGUGCUCGCCAAGGGUGGUCUGA